CAUUCCUCCAGCCCUAGUCCAGCGUAUCUUGUCCCGGGAGGAUUAAGUUGUAGGUCCAUAGCAGCGAAUAUUGGCUUGUGUAACACGGUAAAGCCUAAAAGCGAGCGGCACGGCGCCCGGGCCAUGCUCGUUUUCCCCAAACCAUGAUUUGUACGGAGUACUGUAGUAUGGAUUGUGAAGUGUGGAUAGUUACAUUGCAGUCCUCAGGGAUGGGCAGCGCGAUGCCGUGCAGCAACUGCUUUGAACCUACGAGUACCACCCUUUACUCCAAGUGCCGAGUCUUCGCAACGUCCAGGCCAGACAUAGACAAUGCCAUGUAUGUACUAGCAGUAGUGAUCUGCACAAGUAUGCCUGCCGUACUCGUAAUUGGUAGGUGGUGGGAGGGUGAUGUGCAGCUUCAUUGGAGCACUAGUCGUGGCCGGGCGGACGCGGCCUCGAGCGACUUGGGGGACAGAGUUGCGCCCAUUCGAGAAGCAGGCCAGCUCUUCAAGGAACAUCGAGGCAGCGGGUCGUCCAUCUUGGAAAUUUCCCGCGUGCUCUGGAGAGUUCCCCUUCAUCUCUGCCGCCCUUCCGCGCCUCAAACCAUGGCUCCAUUGUCUUCUGCCUAUCAAAUCGGAACGGCGGGACACACCCUUCCCAUGCAAUAUGACCAACAAGCGGACGCUGGUGGUAGCAUCAGUAAAAGGCACUGUCUCAUUAUACGGACCAAAGGACCGAAUAUCGUGCGCACGUAUCUCUCCGUACCCAUAUUAACGGGUCCAAGUCCUGCAAACAGUGGCACGCUAGGUUCCUAAUUGGGCAGAAAAUGCAGAGAUUGGCAUCGAAGAAGCCUGAGCCUCGUCAUUGGUGGUAUCAGGUAGCCAAUUUUCGUGCUCCCAUGAAAGCAGCUUCAUUUCCGGCACGCCAAUUGGAGCGGCUUCCAGCACCAUCUGUUGGUUGACG